CUUGUGUGCUCAGCUGAGCUACUGUUGGGGAGAUCACCAGCCUCCAUUUUUUUUCGAUACAAACAAGAAACCGAUCAUCCUACUAAAUCAUCGACCAUUUCUCCCAUCUCUCUCACAACUUUUAAAUUACUCGCCUCUCUCUCUCUCUCUCUCCAUCUCUUUUCGUCCGAGGUUAGCUAUUGUUGCAAUGGCUCAGGCGACGGCGGCGGGGUUGACUCAUGGCGCUGUUGCGGCUAAUCCGGCCUCAGGAUCACAGAAGAUCCGUGUCGACAAGCUGAGUCCGGCUCGCGGCUUUGAAGCCAAGGUUUUGGGACCAACUGAGAAGAAGAAGGGUCGCCGCGGAGUCACCGCCGUGCGCUCUGAACUGCAAGUGAUUCCGGCAGAAGAGCAGAAUCAAUAUGUACAAGGGAUUCCACAACCUGGCGGAACACCAGCGGCUAUAUGGUCUAAGCCGACUGUCGGCCGGAAGACAAAGAUUGUUUGCACGAUCGGUCCCUCCACUAACACCAGGGAAAUGAUAUGGAAGCUUGCAGAGGCUGGAAUGAAUGUUGCCCGUCUCAAUAUGUCCCAUGGAGACCAUGCAUCUCACCAGAAAGUCAUUGAUUUGGUCAAGGAAUAUAAUGCGCAAUCCAAAGACAACGUCAUUGCCAUCAUGCUUGAUACCAAGGGUCCUGAGGUUAGGAGUGGGGAUCUACCUCAACCCAUUCCACUUAAACCUGGUCAGGAAUUUGCUUUCACAAUUCAAAGAGGAGUUGGCACGGCAGAUUGCGUCAGUGUGAACUAUGAUGAUUUUGUUAAUGAUGUCGAAGCAGGGGACAUGCUUCUUGUUGAUGGUGGUAUGAUGUCAUUCUUGGUGAAAUCAAAGACUAAAGAUUCAGUGAAGUGUGAAGUUGUUGAUGGUGGAGAGCUUAUGUCCCGAAGGCAUCUCAAUGUUCGAGGAAAAAGUGCAACACUGCCGUCAAUUACUGAGAAGGAUUGGGAUGAUAUCAAAUUUGGAGUGGACAACGAAAUCGACUUCUAUGCUGUUUCCUUUGUCAAGGAUGCAUCUGUGGUCCAUGAACUGAAGAAUUAUCUUAAAGAUGCUGGUGCGGAUAUCCAUGUCAUUGUAAAAAUUGAAAGUGCAGAUUCGAUACCAAAUUUGCAUUCGAUUAUAACAGCAUCUGAUGGGGCUAUGGUUGCCAGGGGAGAUCUUGGUGCAGAGUUGCCGAUUGAAGAGGUCCCUUUAUUGCAGGAAGAAAUUAUUGGACUAUGCCGUAGUAUGGGCAAGACGGUCAUAGUGGCCACAAAUAUGCUGGAAAGCAUGAUUGUGCAUCCCACUCCUACCCGAGCAGAGGUAUCAGACAUUGCUAUAGCAGUUAAAGAAGGGGCUGAUGCUAUUAUGCUCUCUGGAGAAACUGCUCACGGGAAGUUCCCACUGAAGGCAGUUAACGUCAUGCACACAGUGUCAUUGCGGAUGGAAGCUACGAUAACCGCACCACCAACUCCAGCAAAUCUGGGCCAAGCCUUCAAGAACCAUAUGAGCGAAAUGUUUGCAUACCAUGCAACAAAGGUGUCUAACAACCUUGGAACUUCAAUUGUUGUCUUCACUAGAACUGGCUUCAUGGCUAUUCUGCUGAGCCAUUACAGACCGCGCGGCACAAUCUUCGCUUUCACAAAUGAGAAGAAGAUACAGCAGAGAUUAGCUCUAUACCAAGGCGUUUGCCCCAUACACAUGGAGUUUUCUGCAGAUGCUGAGGAAACUUUUAACAACGCUUUGACUUUGUUACAGAAGCAAGGACUAGCGAAAGAAGGUGAGCAUGUUGCAGUUGUUCAAAGCGGUAAACAACCCAUUUGGCGCUCGGAAUCCACACAUAAUAUUCAACUGAGGAAAAUAUAGUUGGCAAAGGGGAAUCAUUCCUAUUGUUCACAGCCCCGCAGAUUAGACGACAAGUUAACAGAUUGUCAACAAUGUUCAAUGCUUGUUGGAUUGUAUUGUAAUCUUAAAAUUUGAUUUCAUUUCAUUUAACAUUGGGGGAAUUCAUUUGUUCGAAUAAUGUAUUGCAUCCUUUUGAUCUUCAAUUUUACUUGGACUCAUGUAAUGAUAUUUCUAGUUGAA